AUUUCCGUUCGGACGGAGUGAGAGUGAGAACUCAGAGCCGGACUCAGCAUGUGGGCAAGGUGGCUGCUGUGGGGGGCCGCGCUGGCUGUGGGUGUGCUAGCAGUGACAGGCAGCAACGUUACAAAGAAAGGAAGAAGCUUUGUUGGCCAAAAAGUGGAAACUUCCAAUGGUUCUGGGAAUUAUGUUUACACAGUGGACAAAUUUGCAGCCGACGUACUGACCAGCAAGGUGACCACUGUUUUUCUCCCCAUAAUAUACAUAUUCGUGUUUGUCAUUGGCUUACCAAGCAACGCAAUAGCCUUGUGGGUCUUCUUUUUCCGAGCAAAGAAGAAACAUCCGGCUGUCAUAUACAUGGCUAAUCUGGCAUUUGCUGAUUUAAUGUUUGUCAUAUGGUUCCCCUUAAAGAUUUCCUACCAUCUAAAUGGCAAUAACUGGAUUUAUGGUGAAGCCCUGUGCAAGGUUCUUGUUGGAUUUUUUUAUGGGAAUAUGUAUUGCUCGAUCUUAUUCAUGACCUGUCUUAGCGUCCAGAGAUACUGGGUCAUUGUGGAUCCCAUAUCGCAAACAAGACGGAAGUCCAGAAUUGCAUUCGGCGUCUCAAUUACUAUAUGGAUCCUAAUUAUUCUGAGCACAAUCCCACUGUACCGUUUUGACCAAACCGUUUAUAUUUAUGGACUCAAUAUUACAACCUGCCAUGAUGUCCUGCCGCUGAGUACACUGGCGUUUGAUAUGUUCAACUAUUUCUUGUCCAUGGCGAUCGGAGUAUUUUUUUUCCCAGCCAUUCUCACGGCAUUGGCUUACGCACUGAUGAUUAAGACUUUGAACGAAUCCAUUACAGAUGAACAGACUGGAAAGAAGAGGAAGCGAGCCAUUCGACUGAUCAUUACCGUACUCUUCAUGUACCUCCUCUGUUUCCUGCCCAGUAACAUCCUUCUAAUUGUUCAUUACGGUUUUAUAAAGGAAGGAGGCGUUGGGAACGUCUACGCAUUUUACAUCAUCGCGCUCUGUCUCUCUUCUAUGAACAGUUGCAUUGAUCCUUUCAUCUACUACUAUGUUUCCAAGGAUUUCCGAGAAAAUGUGAAAAACACGUUCAAAUGUCGAAGUGUACGGACAGUAGAAAGAAUGCGAAUCUCAUUCAGUUCCAUGAAAUACUCCCAGAAAAACCGUACUUACACUUCAAGGUCCAACACACAAACAAGCAGCUGUUAAACAUGCAUUGGGCUGGGAAUUGCACCAUGGACAAUGAGGAGACUGUACUGUGGGGUCCCUGGAGGAAAGACUGACCCCCUCCAAGAAUACAAUUUUUCCGUGCUCAUAGGUUUAUGUAAAGUGUUACUAGUCUGUGUCCAAUAUCAUCAUCCAGGAUCUCACAACCGGGUUUGCUAAGCUGGAAUGCCGAACAAGGCAUAGUUAACUGAGCAUUGUGGGAGAAGUGCUAAUUGAAAGGUAGCAGCCCAGUGCUCUGAUAACUUGUUUAGAGAACAUAUGAAAGCUUCAUGGAAAGCAUUCUGUACGUGCCAGGACUAUGUUUUAUAUUAUUCUUUGGCAAUAGAACAAACCUAUAUAUUUUGCUCGAAGAGAUUACUUUUGUAACUUUUUAUUUUAUUUUUUAAACUUGUUCGUUUGUAAAUUUUGUUCUGAAGAGUUUUGAGGGCUGAUACUUACACGAGAGAGGUAACUUUAGGUGAUUUGCUAUAAACCUUUGUGUACAGCAGGCUAUUGAAAACCAUAUAGAGACGAGAAGUAGGGCAAGACUUAAACUUGUGGUAAAAGAAAGCAGAAAUGAAGCCGACUAGAAUCUAAAACAAAGAACUACUGUUGCUGGCAGACGUAAUACAUCCUAUGGUUAACACUUAAAAGACCAGUUGUUUGCCCACUUUGUCUACGUGGAGUGUCCUGCUUUAAAGCCAUGCUGUUGUUAAAGAACAGAAGUAUUGCAUUUUGGACAAGGACCCAUAAAGACCAGGUUAUGAGAACAUACUGUCAUUGGCCAUUAAGUGGUAAAUAAAUAAAUAAAACCUGCAUUGCUUGAUCUCCCUGGACUACACAGGUCCCCUGUUUGUACCAUACAUGGCAAGUGGUGCCUUUCCAACUCCACGUGAUCUACAAAUC